UUAUAAAGUAAUUGCACAGGCAAACUGUUUCUGUUACUAUGAUGUCAAAACUAGCUACACUUGGGUUACAUUUCCUUACCCGAGCUAGCUUGUUAAAAGUUUCGUAGUUUCAAGUAGGUGGGGAGUUGUGUUGAAUGUGUGUCCACUCUUCCCUGACAGACACCAAGUCGAGUAUCGCUGUGUCAAGAACUUACGUGGCUUUCGUUGCGUGGUGUUUUUUGGGGAGUCAGACAUGGAAAAUGUCUACACGAAUUAGCAUCAAAAUGUCUUAAAUCUGACGCCGUGUGUCAGCAAAGGAGACCAGCUGAACGAAAGGGAACGGGUCCAAAGUUGAAAGGACACGUUAGCUGCUAGGUGAAAUAUUACCAAUGGUAUUGGUGGGACUAAACCAUGUAUGAAGCUCGCCAUUACGAUAGCCACCCUUUCUACAGCCCACCGUACAGCACCACCUCCCACAGCUUCUAUCCCCCAAGAAGCGUCCACUCCCCCCAGAGCCAAUAUGUCCCCUACACCUCCAAACCCCCAGCAGACUCCCACUACUUGGAGGACAGGCCUCAACACUUCUACCGAUGGUUUUCACCUCCUGGUUUUGUCAAAACCUUCCAAGGAGCCACGGUGCUCAUGUGUUUCCUUAUCUUCGCCUGCGUGGCGUCAACCUUGGUGUGGGACAUGAACGGCUUUGGAUACGGUGCCGGCGCCCCAGGGAGUGUUCCAGGGGCGGGGCAGGGGUACUAUGGCGGCAGCUAUGGCUACGGCAGCUCCUACAUGACCCCGCAGUCUGCCAAGGCUGCGAUGAUCUCCAUGGCGGCUAUCAACUUCCUGAUUUCACUGGGGUUCUUGGUGGGAAGUUUUUCACGGUCCCGAGCCAUGAGGGGAUGCACCUUUUACCUCGCUGUGUUCAUCUGUGACAUCAUCUUAGCUGUCCUUCAGGGCAUCAUUGACAUCAUCUUUGUCAUUGGGGUGAACCCAAUGUCUCAGAGUUCCCAGAGCAUGCUGUACAAUCCAAUGCUGAUGAUGUGCCAGAACAUUCCAGACAGGCCUAGCCUCAGUGGUGGCGCGGGAGCUGGUUUUCCAGGUGGUUUCCCCAUGUACAGCCAAUACCUGUACCACUACUGCUACAUGGACCCGGAGGAGGCGGUUGCAUUAGCCUUAGGUCUGAUGGUGGUUUUGGCCCUGUCGUUUGCUGCGUACUACUCCUACAAGACCCGCAGCAAAAUCUGGCGCCAUGGCGACAGGAACAUCUACUGGGACGAGCCACAUGUAAGGCAGUUAGAUGGGCGGAAUGUGCAAGACUGGGUAAACCACGUUGGAGAGGGACGCAGCACCCAGCAGGCACCAACUGUUGUUAUAUCGGAGAAAGCUGAAUCCUACCUCCAAGGGGAAAACAGUCUAGCAUCUUACAGCCGGGAUGCAGUCCUUAUCCACAGUGAGGGAAAUUUGAACAGCAACGUCUUCCAUCAGGACAGCAGGAAGCGCCAAGAGUCUGAGCAUCGCCACCAGAGCAGCAGGCCUGCAGUUUGCAGCAGCUCCUCAGAUGAUGCCGACAGCCGCGGGAAACAUCCUCCUCCUCUUUCAGCUCUCGCUCAGAGGAGCAACAGAGAGCAUAGAAGUGCUGCACAGGAGAUUGUGGAGUCCCAAUACGAAACAGACUACACCACUGGAGGAGACACUACUAAUGAACUGGAACAAGACCAAGACCUCUACAAGCUCUACCCAGAGAUAAUCUCCGACCAGCAGCGCCGGCAGUACAAGCGCGAGUUUGACUCCUCGAGGGCUUGCUAUAAGAGUCUAUGUGAAGAAAUGGACGACAUUAGUGACCAGAUUCAUAAGCUGAGCCGAGAACUGGACUCGCUGGACAAGGGCUCCAUGAAAUACCAGGGUGUAGCCGAUGAGUACAACAGACUGAAGGCGCUGAAAAGGGCACCAGAUUAUCAAACCAAGAAAAGGGAGAGCAAAGAACUUCGGCAAAAACUCUUCCACAUCAAACAGCUGGUAAAGAACUUCGACCGAGGUCUUUGUUAGCACGUCAGUCGGUGUUCAUUUGGAGGAAAUCCACCUUUGGUUGCUCGCUUUAAUAUUCCGGACUUUAAAGGGAUCCUAUCCUGCUCAUUUCAGGGACUUUAAAAAUGAUAUUGGAUCUCAGUGGGACACUAUACAAGUAGUAAGUUUCUUUGAAUAAAAUACUCCAUUAAUCUCAAGGUGUGUGCAGGGUAGUCUGCAUUCUACAGCCUCCUCCACAAUGACAUGACAUGAUAUCAUAUGACCAUCACACUGCAUGUAGUCAGCCAUGGUAUGUCUGACACAGUGAAAAGAAGUUCUCCUCCUAUUCCUUGUGGAAGCGGUAAGCUUUUGGCUUUUUAUUUUCUCUUUCUUCCCCACUCCGAUUUAAACCCUGUUUUAAGAUUAGAAUCAAUCAAUCAGAGGCUAACUAGUUAGCUCGCUAGCAUGCUGUGCAGCCGUGGCCGACUCUUGUGUCCCUGCAGUGAUCUCAUAGCCUGUGCAUUAGCAAUGUGGUGUAAACAAAGAAUAAUAGGAGCGCAAAGGUGACUAUAGGGGUGUUAUAACAUGUCUACAGGGCUCUAAUGAUGAUAAAAAUGGAUUUAGAAAGUCAUAAACAUGUUGUCUAUGCUCUAACGUCGAAAUUGUUCCAUUUAUUAAAAUUGAAUCCUACUUUGCGGAAAUUCUGUAAGUUCUGGGACAGAAAAGAAGGGUAAAAUCAUUACAUAAAAUUUCAUAAAUGAUUCCAUAAAAGAAAAAAUGAAUUAAAAUUGAAAAGUGCAGAUAAAAUACUUUCAGCCGUCAUAUGUACAGUUGAAAAGAAGCAUUUUCAGCCUGGAUUUGAACAUUGCCAAAGUUGAGGAGUUGAUUUUAGUAGCAUAAAGUUGAAUUUUUUGGGGGGGCACAACAAUGCAACAGUGAAGUUGUCAUUUUUUUGUGUAAAAAGUUAUGUUACAAGAGUAAAGUUAAAAUAUUAUGGCUGUAAAGUCAUAAUUACGAGAAGAAAACUUACAAGAAGUUGAAAUAGUCGGAAAAUUAAAAGAAAACAGCUUUAACAAGAAUAACGUCAAAACAUUAAAAGAAAAAUGUCAUUCUGAGAAAAAUAUAUUUUUUAAACUUCUAAUAUGAGGAAAUAUGUCAUUUUAGUAGCAUAGAGAUAAUAUGAGACAAAAAAAAUUAUGUUGGCAGAAAAGUUGUAAUAUUAUGGAAAUAAGUCCAAAUAUUAUGGGAAUAAAGUCAUAAUUCCGAGAAGAAAACUUACAAGAAUUUGAAAUAGUUGGAAAAUUAAAAGAAAACAGCUUCAACAAGAAUAAUGUCAAAACAUUAAAAUAAAAAUGUCAUUCUAUUGAGAACAUUUUUUUUUAACUCGUAAUAUGAGGAAAUAUAUAAUUUUAGUAGCAUAGAGUUGAAGUAUUAAAGAGAAAGUUAUUUUUGUAAGUUGUGAGAAAAUAAAACCAAAAUGUCAUUUUGGAAAAUUAUGUUGGCGUAAAAGUUAAAUUAUGGAAAUAAGUCAAAAUAUUAUGGGAUUAAAGUCAUAAGGUUCAAAAAUGGGUUUUAAAAAAAAGCAAACGUUUUUUUCACCUUUAUCACAAUGCACAAUGCUGAGAUGCAUUUUUUUUUCUUGAAAUAUAUACAACUUCUUAGCAUAUCUACAUGUGUUGCUUUAGAACAUACCAAAGUGUCCCUUGUAUCCUUUCAGUGGGGAAAAAAAGUUUGGACACGCCUGAAUUAGAUGCUUGUGGUCUAUGUGUUUAUUUGGCAUUCGUGAUACAGCUGUGAUUACAACACUUUGUUCAACAAGUUUGAAAAAAACAAACAUACAUAACAAAAGACACACUUGUCAUCUUUUGAUUCUUUUAAUCACCUUGUCAUACACAAAUCAAAAUGUAAGAACACAAAAAGGACUGUAUAUCGAAACUUAACAAAGGACAUGGCUUGCUGACUAAAAGCAGCACAUCAAGCUCACGUUUAGGGCCCUCUGGUCAAUUAAAGCAAGAAGGAAACUAUUAGGAUUUGUGUCAGUGAUUCUAUAAUUUAACAAAAAAUGCGACCACUAGCGUGAGGUAAGUCCUGGUGGUGAAUCAGGGGCCUUCUUUGUUCCACCAUGUGUGGCAUUUUGGUAUUAAACAUCCUCCUUGUGCAGUUUAUCAGCCAAUGAAAUGUCGCCUCACAUUAGUCACAACAGAACAGCAAUCCUUAGCCAUAAUGUCUGGGUCUUUAGUAAGAGGUAUUUCCAUGUAAACACAUAUAGGAAUGAACGGAGAAAGCAACACUUAAUAUUCAAAGGAACCAUUAGUUACAUAAACGGGAUGAAACAACUUAGAAAAGAUCCAAAACCAUGCAAAUGAAAAUCAACGUUGUCCGCUAUAUAUAUAUAUAUAUAUAUACAGUAUAUAUAUAUACACACACGCACACACGUCAACACAAGUCAAAGGAAUCAUUGCUCAAUGUAAACUCUUUAGUGUUUGUUAGAAACUCUCAUCCCCAGUGACACUCAUUCAUCUAAUUUUCAUAUUGAUCUCGUUUUCAAACAGAGCCUGAUCCCAACUUUCUAUACGUGCAUUCCCAGUAUUUUGCAAAAGAAGCGACAAAGGUGGCGUCUCAAAUGUAUACCCAAUAACAAGGCAGUUGUCAAAAAGAAGGCGGUUUCUGGUGAGCAACAUUUACAGAGGUUUUUGUUUCAAUGUUUUGAAAUAUCAGAUUAAAGCAUUCUGAUGUCUAGUGAGGUAUUAGUCUGUUCUCUUCUAAUUAUUGGCAACUACAGCGACCAUGAGCCUUGUGCGUGACUUCACUGACCAUCUGAUGUUCCACUCAGUCCUCUUCUUCGUUUUGUGCAUCAAUCGGAGGAUGAACUUUGGUGAAAUUUUCCUUGGUUUUUUACUUCAAAAUCAUUUUUCUAAAGUUCUCUCUCUCUCUCUCUCCCGCAAGAAAACCCUGCAGAGCAGCGCGUGCUCAGUUCACCAGUACCACGCAUAUCCAUGACGGUGCAUUGUCAUGUUCUCACAAGUGGACCACGGGGCAUUUAGUCCGCUAAAUACGGCGUCGAGCUGGCAUCACAGCCAGUGGGCUGGCAAUGAGUCUGUUUCUUCUCAGGAGGCCCGUGUGGAAACAGAGGACUUGUUCAUGGGGGCGGGGGCGGUUACAUGACAGUACACAUGAUAGCCAGCUGGCAGUUGGAUAACCACACAGAUGGACAGCGACGAGUCAGGAGGUUUCCUGUGGGUCCUUGUCGUCACUAAUCCCAGACGGAAACCUCAUCCGCCCGGGAGGUUCUACUGCCCCGGCACGUAGGGCCAGCUGAUGGAGCUUCCGGAGAGCUGCAUGUCUCGGAUCAGCGUCUCGAUGGGGGUCUUUCCCACGAGGCGCAUGAAAAAGAGUUGGGAGAUGAGGCUGGCGGGUACGGCGCGUAGAGCGGGCAGACGCAAGAGAAGGCGGCCGAAGCGCUGAGGCUGACUCGGGUACUGCAUCCUCUCGUACUCUGUCAGAGCCACCUGAGCCUUCUCCUGCAGAGACUCCACGUGGACUGGAUCUGUCAGACCACAGGCGUCUAACCAGGAGAGAGGAGGAGUGAGUUACUCGAUGGCGUGGGCGGGUUACAUAAAGAGUCGUGAUGAGCUGACAUGAGGAGAGCACGUUUAAUCAGUGCAACUACAGUAAUUCACUGUUUGCUGCAACAGUAAGUAAAGCAUUACUAGUAAUACACUUACUUGGACAAGUUCACCUGCAAAGUGCAUUCCGCUGGCACUUUAUAAAUACAUGUACAGUAGUACCUCGCAUAACAUAAACCUCCUUUUACAUAAAUUCCACUGAACAUAAAGAAUUUAUAUAAAGUUUUUGCUUCGUAUUACAGAAGAAAUUCCAUAUAACAAAGCGUCAAGUCAGUGCAAGUCUUUUUUCUUUUUUUCAAUCAACUUUAUUAAUGCCUCAAGUCGGUGCAAGUUCAGAUACUUGGUGACGGCUUCUGACGCUUCACGCUCAUUGGCUGAUUUUCGGGGGACCGCCUAGGCUCUCAUCUCAUUGGCUGAUUAUCAGGGCACCGCCUACGCUCUCAUCUCAUUGGCUGACUUAUACAGCACGUACGUGAGUUUGUGUGAGAGACAGGCUUCUCCCUUCAACCUCCUCCCUCUUUGUAGUCCCCCUGAAACUAACUUAAACAAUUAAGUUAAGUUACAAAUUAAAAUGUUGCAUUUGUCUGUGAGACCAGCUGACUCUUAGACUCUUUGAGUCACGUUUCGACUCAGGCUAGUCCUCCUCCUCCUUCCUGCCUCCACUUGCGCUCCUGAUCAAGACAUCUCGUGAACGGUAGGAUUGUUUUUGUUUUUCAGUUUUAUUCAUUUACAGUAACCUUAUUUAUUACCUUAUUUUAUAUUGGAAUGUUACUGUACUAUGUUUAUGCUAAUGUUUUCUUAUAUUUUCCCACCAUAUUUGGUGGACUUUGAAAAUUUUGAAGUGCCAAAGGGGUGAGUUUGGGAAGAUCUUGAAACGGAUUAGGCUAUUUACAUGUAUUUUAGGCUUCGUCUAACAUAAAAUCCCUAUAACAUAAAGGUUCUCGGAACGGAUUAUUUACGUUUUAGGGGCGUCUACUGUGUUUUGGGGUUUCUGGAACGGAUUAUUGGAUUUAUAUUGUUUCUUAGUGGGAAAAUUGACUCGGGUUUUCGAGAAACACCUUUUGGAAGGUUCAAAAAUUCAAAAACCGAGGUACCACUGUAGUGCACAAUUAUAUGCAAUGUCCGUUUCAAUUCCUCCUUCCUGAACGAUCUGACUGUACCAUCAUUGGCUUUCUUGAGUCACUGUGAUAUGCCAAUCAUUGCAGCAGCACUCCUGAUUGGUCCUGAUGUCACUCAGUGUAGUACAUUUUAAGAAGUUAUUUUUAAUUUGAAUAGACUAAAACACAAUUAUUUAUCAUCAAACUGUGCAUAGCCUUCAACAACAAGGCCUAUUAGCAUUUUUAGCUUUUGUAAUCUGUUGUUUAAGUACUUAAAUGUCAUGUACGCACAAGUAUUGUAAAUAAUACUGUAAUUAAGUAAUUACAUACAGUAAUUACCUUGGGACACUGUUCGCCUUCACUCUCAGGACACCCAAAUACCAAAUUUAGAACCAGGUAGUUUUAAGUUAGUAAUAAACAUUAAAAUCCUACUGAAAUGAAAUUAGUCAUUCUAGGCUAAUUUUGGGUCACUGAGUACGAAAAUUAGCUCUUGUUUUAAAGAUACACCGUCCCUGUGGUAUACCAUAUGCCCACAAUUAAUGAAUAUAAUGAAUACAGAAACUAGUUGAAUCUUCAUAAUCGUGAUUGUAUGCACAUGAAGUGUAUGGAGACAUAUCACAUUGUGUAUUACUCCUUUUACGUUACCAUGUAAUAAAGAACCCCGCAUAUCUUUAAAAUUUGAAGAUUUUUGAUGUCAUAUUCUUGUUCAGUAGCCCAAAAUUGACCAAGGGUGAUGUUUUAUCUCAGAAGCAGAAUUUUUUUGAAAAUUUGUAGACCAGUGUUAUCAGUAAUUUGCUAAUAGAGGGUGCUAGAAUCAAUAUAGACAGAUUUGAGUAGCAAACGUCAUUAAAGCUAAAACAGUACAAUAUUUGUAUUUCACUUUUGACCAUAAUAUAUUCAAUGCUUUUAGAUAGCUUGUAUAUCUUGGUAAAUAUGAUCCAAAAUUGAUAUGAUUUGAUUUUAUGCGCAUGUAAAGAUGAAUAAAGGGCUGCUACUUGACCUAAUUCCAAUUGUCCAGUAGGUGGCGGGAGUGCUUGCGGUACAUUUUGUAACAACAAGGACAGAUAAAAUAGAAGACGACGGCAGUCGGUCACCUGGUGAGAAGAGUGCGAUGGCCUUGAGACAGCUGUACUCUGCUGAGUCCACCUGCAGUCGGGUCAGCUUGUCCACCUGGUCCUGGAACACCCUCACUUGGUCCAUGAAGGACACCACACGCUCUGCCGACAUGGGCGAGGAGUGGAAGCCCGCCGCGGCCAGCAAGGGUGCCAUGUGGAGCGGCAAGGCCGACUGGGCGGCGUUGAGGAUGAACAGUUCGCUCCAGCUCAGCCUCAGCAGCGCCACCUGGGGGUUGUGUUGAUGUGUUAAUCAGAGACCACUUGUGUACAGGAUCAGUCAGAAAAUGUAAACUGUUGAUUGAAGCAGUUGAGACAAAACUGAGUUCACUUCUUGGCUGCAACCAGCAAAGGCACUGUUGGUUCAGUCAAACACGACAUCAGCUAUGGGAGGUUGAGCUACAUCCACACAGACCAGCAUUUAUAAAGGAGAUGAGAACAUUAUCCGCACAUUCUGCCAUCUUGUUUAUAUUAGAAAUUCAUUAAUUGUUAAUUUUGUACCAACCUGAUCCGAUACAGGCAGCUCAGGGAAAUAAGGGAUGUUCCGUGCCCACUCCACCGUGCUGAAGAGUAGCCGUGCGGCCAACUCGCAAAUGUUAUCGAUGCCCAUGGCGUUAUCAGGACCCGCCUGCUGGUUGUACUGGUGCCCGUAGCGGCUGUUGGGGUACGGCUCGGCUCUGAGCAGCUGGGAGAUGAGCUCCGACACAGGCUGGCCACCGCCGCCCCCGUUGUUGUUGUUAUUGUAGAAUUCACCGCCUCCCAAGCCGCUGGCGCCACCAAGAGGCGUAAGGGUCGGGCUGAGGCUAGGCUGAGGUGGGAUGCGACCGCGUUGAACUGCUGUAGUUUGGUUGGGGGACCAAGGGGGAAGGAGAACAUAGAGGAGGAGAGUUUGUGGAUAUAAAAUAAAAGUAAACAGAGUGGAAAAAGAUGAUGAUGAAGGGCAAAGGGAGGGUGAAGGAGGGGAUUUGUAAAAGAAAAGAGGGGGGAGUUAAAACCGGGUUCAGCCAGCGGUGUCUGUCAGAUUAUAAAAACACAGUCUUGACCCCAUUAGCCAGCUUUCUCCCAGAUUAAAAAGGGAUGCAAUUUGACCUCAUCAAUGCAAGUAAUCUUCUCAUCACUACUAAAUACAUGUUAUCAAGACAAUGAUACAAUGCUAUUGUAUGUCUGUGUAGGCUCUCAGUCGUACAGGAGUUGUCCAACAAGG